AUCGGGCCAUGGCGCAUUCCGCAAUUCCACUUUCUCUCUACUGCUUCUUCGACGUCUUCUCCGGCCAAGAACCACAUCGGCCCCCGCACCGCCGCCGCCACCGACACCACCAGUCGCGUCGACAACAACCCGUCUUCUCCGGUAGAAACGGCGAGAUAGGCAAACAAAACUGAGGGUUUUGUUCGGUUAAAACUGAUCGAAUCGGUUCGGGGCGGGUCGGUUCCGCACACUCCUUUUAUAGCUCCGUUAGAUUUUCCCAUUUCUGAAGCUCCAUUUUGUUUCUUCGAUUCGCUUUCUUCUGGUCCCUCUCAGGUUUCCAGCCAUGGCUGACGGUCAGCUCUACAAUAACAUCUCUCUCGGCGGCCGUGGAGGCACUAACCCAGGUCAGCUGAAAAUAGAUCAAAGAGGUAUUCAGUGGAAGAAGCAAGGAGGUGGCAAGGCAAUUGAGGUGGAUAAAGCAGACAUUGUCGGUGUAACAUGGAUGAAGGUUCCAAGGACAAACCAGCUAGGAAUUCGGGUCAAAGAUGGAUUGUAUUACAAGUUCAUUGGAUUCCGUGACCAGGACAUCACUAGUUUAACCAAAUUUUUCCAAUGUAAUUGUGGAAUAGUACCUGAGGAAAAGCAGCUUUCUGUCAGCGGCCGUAAUUGGGGUGAAGUUGAUUUGAAUGGGAAUAUGCUUACUUUCAUGGUUGGUUCAAAGCAAGCAUUUGAAGUGUCUUUAGCUGAUGUUGCUCAAACACAACUUCAAGGAAAGAAUGAUGUUAUGUUAGAGUUCCAUGUGGACGAUACCACAGGAGCUAAUGAGAAAGAUUCUCUAAUGGAGAUAAGUUUUCACAUACCAAAUUCGAAUACUCAAUUUGUUGGUGAUGAAAAUCGUCCUCCUGCUCAGGUUUUUCGUGACAAAAUCAUGUCCAUGGCGGAUGUUAGUGCUGGAAUUGAGGAAGCUGUGGUCACAUUUGAGGGUAUUGCUAUCCUCACUCCAAGGGGUCGGUACAGUGUUGAACUCCACCUUUCAUUCCUGCGGCUUCAAGGACAGGCCAAUGAUUUCAAAAUACAAUACAGCAGCGUUGUUCGCCUUUUUUUACUUCCAAAGUCCAAUCAGCCACAUACUUUUGUCGUUGUGACUCUAGAUCCACCAAUCCGCAAAGGGCAAACUUUGUACCCUCAUAUUGUUCUGCAGUUUGAGACCGACUACGUGGUUCAAAGCACCUUGCAAAUAGGUGAUGAACUUUUCAACACAAAGUACAAGGACAAGUUAGAACCUUCUUAUAAGACUCCAUCAAACUGCAAAGUCUUCAUCAAACUGACUAAAGAACUUCAACAAGCAGCGCAAAGCCGAAGCAUUUCACAAUCUGCAAAACCAAAGAACUUCACAGUGACAGGCCUAACAUUUUGUGACGUGGCGUUUAGUGAUUAG